UGGGUGGUACAUGCUUCACCAUAGUUCUCCGGUAGCUUUUUGUUAUCAAAUAGCCCGGAAUAGACUUUACCUCGAAUUAUAGUUUAAUUUAAUUGUAUUUAGUGUAGGAGCAAUAUUUAUUCAUUAAUUUCUUAAGUGAAAAGCGCAGACCAAAAUGAAAAUAUUAACGUUUAGUUUAUUAAUUAUUUUGACAAUAAGCUUAUUUGGUUUCAUCAAUGCACAGUCUACGCUAAGAGCCGUAUCUAUGCUUACUCGGCAUGGUGACCGAUCGCCAGCCGAAGAUUACCCUACAGAUCCUUAUGCUGGUUACAAAUGGCCUGGAGGUCCUGGAGCUUUAUCGCCGAAAGGGGUUCGUGAGUUAUUUCGGUCCGGACUAAUAAAGGCAAGCAGGUAUUCACCUCUAUUUGCUGAGAACUGUGGUGUAGGCUCCUGCACUCUUAGUUUGGAUAACAUUUACGUUCAAAGCAGUUCAAUUGUAAGAUGCAUUGAGAGUGCGAUAAGUUUCUUGGAUGCAUUCGUAGGUAUCGAGUGGCCUAAGGACUUGAUGAAUGUUCCACCGGCAGAAGAAGAUGAGAUUUUGGUUUACCCAGGAAAGCCUUGCCCUAAAUAUGACACCGACUUUAAUGUUGACAUAAAUUCGCCCGAAUUUGCUAAAGUGGUAGAUUUUCAAAGUGAUGAGGGACAGCAACUAAUUGCGUACAUCGAAAGUUCUACAGGGAUGGAUAUCGGAAGUGCUAUAGUGACCGUUACAGAUGCGACCCUUAUUCAACUGGCAAAUGGACUCGCCAUUCCUGCAUGGGCUGAAUCAGUUUAUGACAAAUAUCUCGUACCCUUAACUGACGUAUUCUUCGAUAUAUUUAGCAAAUCGGACAUUAUGACAAUUCGUAGUGGUCGUCUAUUGAAGGAUAUGAUAGAUAGACUUGAAGGAUUUGUUUUCGGAACUAGUGCUCAGAACAUAAUUUUCUAUUCGGCCCAUGAUUUAACCGUUUCGGGUCUGGUGCAGUUACUAGAAAUCAAGGAUCAAACUGAAGCCCGACCUUCUUAUGGAGCGAUGUUGCAUUUGGAACUUCAUGAGAACGCGGAGAUUGCAGACGAUUUAGAAGUAAAAAUCUUCUACUAUUUAUAUUACGGAGAUGACAACCCAAUCGACAUUCAAAUACCAAAUUGCGCGGCUCCUUGUCCGUUCAAUCAAUUCAAAGAAACCGUCCAGUCGAAGCUUGUAUCAAACUAUGAUGAAGUGUGCUCAGAAUAAAAAUAAGGUUUCUGCAGUU